AUGACCGCCGUGGCAAGCAUCUCAGCUGCCGUGAGGAGGCUUCAAGAAUUGUUGCUCGACGACGCGAGAGCUUUAGGCCAAUUAAAACCGGUGGUCGAGGGCACUGUGUUGCCGAGACUGCAGGAGUCGGAGGAAAUGUUGAUGGGGCUACCAGCCCAUAAAAUAAGAGUAAAAGGAGCCCAGGAUGAUCUGGAAUUUGGAAGAAGGACCAGAAAUCUGUUGUCUUCUAUUGAGGAUAAGGUGGAAUCGUAUGCCCUCCAACCUGGAUCUGCAACUAGCAGUAGUCGUGAAGCAUGUUGCGGUGGUGGUGGUGCUGAGAAUACAGCGUUUGGGAAGCUCGUAGCUGACUUGAAAGUUGCUGUUGAUGGACUCAAGGAUUGCGUUACAUCCUACUGUGCAGAACAAAAUCAAUAUCAACAGAUUCGAAAGCUAGGACAAAAGUCCCAAUGGCUCGUCUCUCGAGCAAAUUUCUCUAGCGGCCGCUGGGGAGAUGAAGCUUUUGGAUUGGAGGAGGAAGUACGUAAGCUGACAAGGGUUUUAGUCAGUGAAGAGACUGAUCCCAGAGUCGUUUUCAUAGUCGGAAUGGGUGGAAUCGGUAAAACAAUCCUUGCCAAAAAACUGUUCAAUCACCCUGAUGUUCGGCAUCAUUUUAAGGGAUUCGCCUGGGUCUAUGUCGGUGGUUACUGGAGCACCAGAGAUAUCUUGGUAACUAUAAUCGACCAACUGUCCUCCUUGCCGAGGAAGAAACGGGAGGCGAUGAUGAAAUCCGAGGAAGUGGAGCUGGCCCCACAGGUGUUCACAAUUCUACAGCGAAAAAGUUGCCUGGUCGUUUUGGACGACUGUUCCGACCCUGAACUCUUGGAUAUCCUAAGCAUUGCCUUCCCAUUUGCGGUGAGGAGUGCUUGUGCAAGCAAAUUCAUUCUCACCACUCGAAACCGGAAUUUAAGCAGAUUUCUUGAUCCAGGUGCAGUAUACAGCUUGCGCAUGGAAUCACUGAAUCCCAACAAGAGCUGGGAUCUAUUCUCUCAUAUUUGGCGCAAGCUAAAGGAGGGUCCGAUCCCAGGGAGACUGGUGCCAAUUGCAUGGGAAAUAUUAGCUCGAUGCGAAGGCUUACCAUUGGCUAUCAUUGUACUGGCGAGCAUGUUAAGCACCGGAAGGGAAGUCAGCUUACUACGCUUUGCCACUGCGCUUAAGGCGUGCUUUGUUUAUUUGGGAAACUUCCCAAACAAUUCAAGAAUACAAGUAGAGAAGUUGUGCCAGCUUUGGAUUGCUGAAGGUCUGAUAUCAGCUGAGGAUAGGGCAAGCGAAGAAACAAUGAUGGAUGUUGCAGCAAAAUAUUUCGGCGAAUUGGCACUAAGGAGCUUGGUAACUCUGGAAGAAGAUGAAGUGUCAGACUUAAGGCUCAUGUCCGGCCACAUUCAAGGCCUGAUAAGAAGUCUCUGCAUAAUAGAGGGAAGAGAGGACGAAUUUUUUGAGAUCAUGCCUGGCUCGGAACCAUAUAUGAUUUCAAAAGCACAAAGAUGUGCUAUAUAUUUCGAUAAAUAUUACAGCGUAUCAAAUGUUAUCCCCACUGCUAACCUUCGGUCUCUUUUAUGCCUCAACUCUGAACAAUCAAGGCAAGGAUCUAGGUGGCCACAGGGACUUUUUAAUUUCAGAAAACUUAGACCGCUAAGAGUUUUAGAUUUUGACAGAGUUAGUUUUCAGGAUGGAAAUCUUCCUCAAGGAGUAGGAGAGUUAGUCUACUUGAGAUACUUGAGUUUUCGAGGAUGUUACCUCGAGGAUUUGCCAUCAUACAUUGGCAACCUUUUGUACUUGCAGACCCUCGACCUAAGGGUUCAAAAAGAUUGCAUAAUGACCAUUUCAAAUGUCAUUUGGAAGCUUGAGCGAUUAAGACAUCUGUAUUUCCCUCUAGCAUUUCAAACUCCUGAUCAUCGUGGAAUGUUGAAACUAGAUAGCUUGAAGCAACUAGAGAUACUUGAGGGAUUGAAUACAAGUGUGUGCAGAGCUAAGGACCUCAUAAAGCUGACCAACCUUCGGAUUCUAGUAGCAACUGCAGAAGGAAACCUCGAGGACUUGGAGCUCAUCAUCCGCUACAUAGGCAUCAACUCAAGCCACUUGAAGAGGACAUCGCUUGACAUUAAAAAGUUUGAUUGUUACUCUGAGGAACGGCUGUCUUUCAUACAAAGAUUAUUCAGCUGUCCUGUUCUUGAUACUCUGCAAAUAGAAGGGCACAUAGGAAAAUUGUCAGACAUUGGUACAAUCUCUGGAAGAUUUACUGAGAUUGUGUUAAAUGGUUCUGAACUUGAUCAAGACCCUAUGCCAACACUGGGGAACCUUCCCAACCUAAGGAUCCUUGUCUUAGAAGUCGAGGCAUACUUAGGAAAGAAAUUGCAUUGUUCUGAUACAGGUUUUCCUGAACUCAGGAGUUUAAAGCUCUCCAAGUUGUACAACUUAGAAGAAUGGGAGGUGGACGAAGGAGCAUUGCAAAAGCUUUCUACUUUAGAGGUUUCCAUGUGCAGGAGAAUGAAAAAGCUUCCUCAGGGAUUACAAAGCAUCAUUACUCUCAGAAAGCUGAAGGUCAGCAUGAUGCCACAACAAUUCUUAGGCAGGCUACGAAUGAAAAAUGGCAGAGGAGGAGAAGAUCGUCACAAAAUCAACUCAAUGUGUUCAAUAGAAUUUGGAAAUGAUGAUCCUUGGCUUGAGUCCACCAAUUCAGCAAGUCAGCAAAAAAAUUCCUUUGAUGGCAGAAUCACCGAAUCUCAGGCUUCAAGUUCAACUCAGAGUCCAAACCUAACUGGAAGUUUUGCAUGCUUACCAGAAACUGAGAGGGAAAGAGAUGUUUACCUUCAAUGAUCCCAGUUGAGAAAAUGC